CGCUAUAACCAUCUUGUGUUGAGAAUCGAAUGUUUGUAUUUUGAUGACUAUAGAAGCAUGUUACACUGUUAAACACUUAUAUGCUAGAACACAUUGUUGAAUGACAUUUGGAUGAAAGAAUUUUUUGCUUCAACUGCAUCCUCAAUUCUCAUUUGCUAAAGACCAAAUGAAAAUGUUAUACAAAACAAAUAUAAACAUAUUUAUAUAAAUCUAUGGUAGAAUUACUGUGAAAUAUUUCUCUUGGACCGAGAUUAAUAGCAAAAUUUCUCUAUUUCACUGUGUGGAAUAUGUACAAGAUGAUUUUGCAUUCUUAUAUUUUGCCUAACAAAAGAAUUUGCUGCAUUCCAGGUGGAAUUGUAGCAGAAGAAUGAUUUGUUGGAAAUGAAAUAUAAAAAAACCCAAAACUUCUAAAUAUUAGAUCAGAAGAAUUAUGGAAAACGAAUUGUGUGAGAACCAAAUUGAACUUAAAACAGAGUCUAAAAAUAUUCCUGAUAAGCUGAAAGAGAUAGGAAUAACAUCUUACCACUGUGAUAUAUGCAAAAUGCCAUUCCCUCAAAAAGGUAACCCCACCACUCACAAAUGUAGUCAUGCAGGAGAAAGAACAUACCGUUGUGACAUAUGCAGCAAAUCAUACUCUCAAAUGAAUUAUUUAACUCGACACAAACGUACUCAUAAAGUUGGGAAACCACACCACUGUGAUAUCUGUGGUAAAUCAUUCUCUCGAAGUGAUAGCUUGACCAAACACAAGCGUGUUCAUACAGGAGAGAAACCAUAUCACUGUGAUGUCUGUGGUAAAUCAUUCUCUUGUGGAAGUACCUUAACUAUUCACAAACGUAUUCAUACAGGAGAAAAACCAUAUCACUGUGAUAUCUGUGGUUUAUCAUUCUCACAAAGCAUUCGUUUAGCAAUACACAAACGCAUUCAUACAGGAGAAAAACCAUAUCACUGUGAUAUCUGUGGUAAAUCAUUCUCUGAAAAAGGUGUCUUAAAUAUUCAUAAACGUAUUCAUACAGGAGAGAAGCCAUAUCACUGUGAUAUCUGUGGCAAAUCAUUCUCUCAUGGAAGUACCUUAACUUCUCACAAGUAUAUUCAUACAGGACUGAAGCCAUAUCACUGUGAUAUCUGUGGCAGAUCAUUCUCUCAAGUUGGUCAAGUAACUAUACAUAAACGUAUUCAUACAGGAAUAUACCCAUAUCAGUGUGAUAUCUGUGGUAAAUCAGUCUCUCGGAGUGAUCAGUUAAGUGAACAUAAACGGACUCAUACAGGUGAGAAACCAUAUCACUGUAAUAUCUGUGGUAAAUCCUUCACGGUAUCAAGUAGCUUAACUAUACACAAACGCAUUCAUACAGGAGAGAAGCCGUAUCACUGUGAUAUUUGUAGUGAGUCAUUCGCUCGAAAUGAUCACUUAACUGAACACAGAUACAUUCAUACAGGAGAAAAGCCAUAUCAGUGUGAUAUUUGUGGUAAAACAUUAUCAGGAAGUAGUGGUUUAACUAAACACAAACGUAUUCAUACUGGAGAGAAGCCGUACCACUGUGAUGUCUGUGGUAAAUCAUUCUCACUAAAUCAACACCUAAUUAAACACAUACGUAUUCAUACAGGAGAGAAGCCAUUUCUCUGUAAUAUCUGCAGUAGAUCAUUUGCUCAGUCAAGCCAGUUAAAUAAACACAAAUGCAUUCGUACAAGUUAGAAAUCACCUCACUAGUGUCUGUGCUAAAACAUUCUUUGGAUUUAGUAACUUAGACAUCAAAUGCAUUCUGAAAGGGGAAACCACAACGAUGUAAUGUUUGUCAAUUAUUCUCUAAAAGAAGUUAAUUCACUACACAUGGGCAUUCAUACUGAAGAGCAACCAUAUUAAUGUCAAAAGCUAUUCUGUGGGGGAAAUAUUUAACCAAAUAUAUAUUUACACAUGUAUGAUAACAUUCCAGCAUAUUAUAUAACCACAAUUAUAAUGUGAGCUAUUGUGAUUUUUUUAAUAAAUACAUUAUUUCAGAAUACUUAUAUAUUUCAUUUAAUAUUAUUUCCAGAACAGAGAGGGGAGGAACUAUUUAUUUAAUUGACAGUAUUAACAAAUAUCUGAGAAAUAUAUUCUCUUAAAUCAAAGAUAUCACUGUACAAU